AUGGCAUCGCGUUUAUCCUGGCAAUCGCUUCGAGCUCGUCCAGCUCUCUUCUCUACCGUCGCAGUCGCAGGAAUCGGAGCUUACUACGGCACUCGGUCUUUUCUCUUACCGAUGGGACACGCCGAGUCUCCAGAGGUUCCCAAGAUCUUUGGCGGCUUCGGUUUCACGACAUUACGCCUACAAGAUGUCAAGGUGGUCAAUCAUAACACCAAACGUUUGGUGUUCGAGUUUCCCGACCAAGAUGCGAAGAGUGGCUUAUCAUUGACUUCGGCCCUACUUACAUAUUCUUGGCCCAAGGGGCAAUGGUUCCCCGUCCUACGUCCCUACACACCCAUUAGCGAUCUAAACCAGACCGGUUCAGUGGAGCUAAUGGUCAAGCACUAUCCCAACGGAAAAGCCAGCAGCCAUCUACACUCCCUCGCACCGGGUGAUACGCUCACAUUCGCUGCCACCCUCAAGGGUUUCCCAUGGAUACCCAACAAAUACUCCCAGGUCUACCUCAUCGCAGGUGGCGCCGGUAUUACGCCAAUCUACCAACUCAUCCAGGGCAUUCUCAAUAAUCCAAACGACCAAACAAAAAUCAACCUCGUAUUCGGCGUCAAUACCAAGCAAGAUUUGUUACUCCGCGAGGAGCUGGAGGAGUACAAGAACCGGUUUCCAGGGCGAUUCAACUAUAUCUACACCGUGAGCCAUCCGAAGGAAGAAGAUUCGUCUUUACGGAAGGGUUAUGUCACCGAGGAACUUUUGCGAGAUGUGAUGCGUGGUGCGGAUAAGGAUACACAUGUCUUUGUGUGUGGGCCUCCUGGGAUGGAGAAUGCUUUGGUUGGCUCGAGGAGGAGUCCUGGGGUUUUGGGCCGGUUGGGAUUUUCCAAGGAUCAGAUUUACAAGUUUUAG